CAAUCACUUCAUCCACCACUGCAGUGCACCCACCUGUGGGCCUGGGGGGAGGGAGUGGGUUGAACAACUGCUCAAGAACGCAGAAGCGUAGGAAGGGUCAUGACCAACAGCACAAGUGGAACUGCAGAGAGGGGGUUACACAGGCAGAAAGCAAGUCAACAAAAGCACUUAGUCAGGACACGUAACUUGAAGUCGACUCCUUUGGAAAUUGCCAUGGAACCUUUCAUGGACAUCAUCAGCUGGAACUGGGAUCUGAUGAGUCCCACAAAAGUCAGCACCUGACCGCCAAGGACUUGGUACUGAUUUAGAGAGAAGAGAGCAGCUGCUAGCAGCAUCAACAUCUAUUUGUCGCUUAUUUGCCCUGCAGCAAUUCACCUGCCUUUCCUUCUCCCGUCCUUUUUCUGGAUAUGCCGCAGAAGGAUCCGUGCCAGAAACAAGCCUGUGAAAUACAGAAAUGUUUACAAGCCAACAACUACAUGGAAUCUAAGUGUCAGGCUGUCAUCCAAGAACUGCGGAAGUGUUGUGCUCGAUAUCCUAAGGGAAGAUCUCUCGUCUGUUCGGGAUUUGAAAACGAGGAGGAAGAAAAGCUGACACUGAAGCCUACAGCAAAGUAGAGUUCUGCUGACAAGUGAAAUGCUGCACCAUGUUUCCACCAAGCGAGUUGUAUUUGUCUUCCUGAUUCUUCAGGCCAGGUAGCAGCAAAUACCAAAUGAAAAAGUCAUGGAUAGAAAUAUAAAUAUAUUAAAUACGUAGAAUGUAAUAAAACCGAGCUGCUAAAAUAAACCUGUGAAGUGAAAAAGUG